UUUUUUGCCGCACCGCCAACUGAAUAUAGAAAAAAAAAAUUUUGUUUUAAUAGAAAAAAAAAAAUGAAUUGUAAAAGCUUCGACGAGAGAGCCAACAACAAGCCAAGAGUCAGACUUUCAUUUCGCCAUGUCGUGCCCGGUCUAUACUGUUGAUGGGAUGAGAUGUGUGGUAUAUGGCAAAAUAAGGGAAGAGAGCCGGUCAUUACGCAUCAGCAGCGUUAAUAAUAUACAUACAACGGGAUGAGAUAAAAGAUGAUGAGCACACACAGGCCGUUAUCAGCGACCAACAGCGCAUCCCGUCAACUCUCUCUCUCUCUGCCUCUGUUCGAUACAUUUGAAGGGGGGAAAACCUUUUUCUGAUUUAAAGAAAAAAAGGCGGUCAAGUGGCUGAAAAAACCGCCAUUUUUCAUCGGACUUGCGGACUCUCUCUGGCCCAGCAACGGUCAGUUAUUCGCCGCUUGGCCAUCCCGAAAAAAAAGGGGGUAAAGAGCACAGGAGAAAAAGAUUGAUGGAGUCAUUCGACAAAAAAAAGAAAAAGAAGAAAUAACACCACCGACACUGACACUUUGACGCAGAAACUUUUUGGCUGUCGACAAGUCGACUCCAUAGUGCGCACAGAUUCUAUUGUCCCCUCCGGGCGCUUGCUGGCCAUCAAAGAAACUGACACUGCAAAUCUGCAUUUUCAAAAAAACAAAAAAUCGCAGAGCCACAGAGAAAAAUGACCGGUAGUAUCGACGUGACGACGAUUCGGAUAGUUGUGUUCGCUUCGCUGUUCGGCGUCGCAAUCGUCUGCGUUGUUGCCGUCUGCGCUUUUCUCCUCUACCGGCGUCUGACGUCGACUAAUGGCGCAAGCAAAUGGACGCCCGCUACCACCGCCCGCAUCAAAAUCAGUGGCAGCCCGUUGGAUAGCGAGUCUCAUAUUAAAUUGCUGCAUCAACAGCCCCGUCUAGGCGGGUCCGGAAUGUCUCUGGCUGAAAUGAGCCCGCUGAUGCGUCACAAACCGUUGCGUGAUUCCCGGCAACCAUCCGAAGCCCAACAACAACACCGGAUGGGUGCAUGUAUUAGUAGCUGCAACGCUUUGGCGACGACGGCAAUAACCCAACAGCUUCAAAUGACGUCAUCUUCCGCGGGGUCAAGAAAAACCCUCGCCCGGCCGUUGAGCCAAUCGGCCUUGUACCUGGCACGACCGCCCUCAUCUUCGCAGAUGGCCCACCACCACCACCAGCAGACGUCGUUGACCAAUCUGGUCGGAAGCGGUUACAUCAGCAGCGAAGGCAAGAACGACAUGCUGGACAAUCAAGGGCAAGAGCCAGUCAAGAUGGACGAUUGGCAACGGACACCACCGCAACUAGAAAUCACUUUGGUUUACGUCUCCGCUUCCGCUCAGCUCCUGGUGCACAUCCACCGACUUUCGAAUGUGACACCGCCCGUCCGCUGCCCAGCAAAGGAGUCGACCGGCACUCAAGUCAAAGUGGUGCUGGAUGGGCGAAUCAAGCGAGCUUUCCGUUCCGCUCUGGUUGCAACUUCCGCCUCCACCUCCUCGGAGAAUUCAUCAUCCAUCCGUCAGCCGAAAUCUCAGCAGCCGCAGCAACGGUGCGCUCAGGUAUUCAAGUUCCCUGACGUCACGGCCGAGGAGCUGCUGAAUGGACGUUUGACCACCACCGUUUACCUGGGGCGAGGGCGCUGGAAAAGCGACAAGAAAAUUGGAUCCUUUAACGUCCGCCUCGGUGAAAUGGCGCUGGCUGACGGUGUGCCUCGUUCUCUCACCGGACUUUUAAUUCCGCAGAAGCAGCGAGCGGAUGAAAGCGCCGGACGACAGCCAGAUGAGAAGAAGAAGGAGAAGGACGCUCAGGCAGAGCCGUGUCGACCGAUGGCGGGAGCGCCCGAACUGGGCCAGCUUCUCAUUUCCCUUCGACACGAGCAAGAACAAGAAUCCGCCGCUGGGCGGCCAUCAUCAUCUCGACGCCUCAAAGUCCUAAUCCACCGAGCCCACGGAUUGCCGCCCACCAAAACCGUGUUUGAACCCGACUACAUCGUUGUGGUUAAUUCCUGCUAUCCGGACGGAGGAUCUGAAAUUAAAGAGACCAGCCCAGCCAAGGGAAAAGCUCCUGAAUGGAACCAGACCAUUGAAUUCGACGUAACCAAUCGGCCGAUCGGAUCAUGCUGGCUUCAUUUGGUGCUCAUUAGGAAGACGAAGAAGGGGCACAGUCCCGAUACGACUGUCGGUCACUUGACCCUCGGCGCCAAUUCGACUCCCGACGGUGAACGACAUUGGCAAUCUCUGGUCAAUGCUCACGACGUGGAAAUCACGCGGUGGCAUCGCCUCACUUCCCGCUAGCUCAAAAGCUAUAUUAAAUUCAACACAGUCCGCCAUCAUAUGUCUUACGACUAUCUCCAUUUCCUCAAGGCUCAAGUCAUCGUGGCUAUUACCGCACAUGUUUAUAGGGGCAAACUGAUGUCGUUCGAUCUCCGCCAGAUCAUCACCGACAAACGGAAAAACGGGCGACCGUUUCCAUUUUCUUUCGGCCUUUCUCUAUACAUUUUGGUGUUAUCUGUUCGAAAAGAGCCAAACCUUAAUUCGUUUAUUAUACUGUCACUGGGGAUUUACGUAGGCAAUAAUAGAUUGUUUUCAAUCUUCUAAACCAACAGAGAAAAUGGUUCAAAGUCAAGAAUACUUACAACAGGAUGUCAGUGGGGGGAAACCAAAGAAGAAGAUAAAUUUCCCAUCAUCAGAUACAAUGUAGUAUAUACACUCCCCUGGCUUCUGUCAAGUUUUAAGACCCGCAUAAUAUUUCAGAUUCAUCCCCACGAUAACAAACAUAUGCAUGCCCUAUAUAUUUAGUCCGUUCGGAGAGGUUGGGGAGAUGUAAAAUAAAUAGACGGAAUAGACGGAAAAGGUCAUAGACAGAUUGAAAUUAGAGGUCAGCUGCAGCAAUAGGAAACGCAUAACAUGUGUAAAUGAGACCGCGCUCUAAACACAAACGUAAUUGAACGAAAAACUCGUUUCAAACAAUUUCAUCUCGUUUAUAUGUGUAGUUAAGUGGCCUUCCAAUCAGGUCUGAAAAGGCCCGUAAAAAUUCGAAAACGACCAGCCACACAGUUUAUGUAGUAACACAAAAUGGUUUGCCUCUUAUUAUUGUUUCUAUGCGUAUUAUGCAUUUCUAUGUCAUCGCUCAUAUAAAAGAACCGUUGUGUGUUACCAUUUAAAAUGAACUGAAAUUUCAAGGUGGCGAUGGUGGGGG